GUCGAAAUGGACCGAAUUGCCUCGUCAUUCCGCCAAGCCAAGCCAGGAACCUUGCUUGCCCUGGCGCCCAACUUCAACUCCAAACAUAUCGUACCCCAUUGGAGCUUUGUCCUGCUACCCAUGAUAUCAAGUAGACGAUACAAUUCGUCCACCCGCCUCUACUGCGGGUAGUACGAGAAUGGUUGUCCAACAGCAUAUCCUCAACUGGCUGUAUAGCGUUCUCACCAGCGAAUAUCACGAUGUGAACCGAACAUACAAUGAUGUCGCUCAGGUCCUGUCGCAAUACCCGUCAUUGUCGCCUAGGACUGAUGUUCACACCUUCCCCAACGGCGUCUCUGCACUCCUCUUACAUCUAACCGGUACUAUACCCGUCAUAUUCAGGGGCAGCACAUACCGCUUUCCCAUCUCGCUAUGGGUUCCUCACGCGUACCCCCGCGAGCCGCCGCUCGUAUACGUCACUCCGACUGAGAACAUGGUCGUCCGACCAGGCCAACAUGUCGAUCCCCAGGGCCAGGUCUAUCACCCGUACCUGGUCGGCUGGUCAAGUUUCUGGGAUAAGUCCACCAUUCUGGACUUUCUAGCCAUCCUGCGGGAUGUCUUUGCCAAGGAGCCACCUGUCGUUGCAAAGCAGCAGCAGCCUCCUCAGCAACAACGGCAACAAGCGGCGGCUUCAACCCCCACUCCGCCACCAGUCCCUCCCUUGCCCAAUGCGAACAUGAUGGGGAGACCGUCUUCAGUCGUCAGUAGUGGUCACAUCGCCUCCCCUCCUCCGAACGAGCAAAGGCCGCCACCACCGCCGCCAAAGGGCAACGAUGCUUCCGUGCAUAGGCCGUCUCCAGUACCGGCACAACCAAGCUCCUCCGGGCCACCUUUACCACCACAUCCCGGGAGACAUGAGGCUCCAGCACCCCAGAGCCAUAGACUUUCGAGGUAUGAUACGGCACCACCGCUUCCGCCGCAGCAACCUCAGCAUACAGGACCAGCACCUCCGAGGCCGCAAUACCAGUCCCCUCCACCAGCGCAUGGUCAUGCACCAUACGAACAGCAACACCCAUCGGGUUAUGACAACUACCAUCCCUCAGAUCCAAGACGCAUGUCAAUACAAUCGCAGGGUGGACCACCACAGCCAACGCCGCCACCCCAGGCUGGCUGGAAUCCGCAGCAUCAACAGCCUCCGCCGCACCAACCACUGCAACAGCCACCCCCAGUGCAGCAACACGCCCAACAGCCGCCACCUCACCCUCAGAGCCAACCUACACACCCUCAAUAUCAGCAACAACCACCACAGCAACCACAACAACAUCAAGCACCGCCACAACCCGUCCAGAAACCGCCGCCGCCACCAACAGACAUUAUGGACGAACCCCUGGUCCUGUCUCUCCCGUCUCCUACCAACAUCCCCGCACCUCCGAUACCCCCAAAUCCGGAGCGCUCCAACCUCCUCGCCCAGCUCGCCACCACCCUACACGCCAUGCGCGUCCGGGCUAGGACUCAAAAUGAAUCGUCGCUUUCUGGCCUCCAAGCUCAGCGCGCCGCCAUGCUGACUGCUCUUUCCUCAAUGCACGCCGAGCAGCAGUCCCUGUCGGCCGUGUCCUCAUUACUCUCCUCCAACGCCUCCAUCCUGCACGACUCCCUGCGCAAGGCUGACUCUGUUGUGGCCGAUGCAAAGGCAGGCAAGAUUCUGCCACCCGACGUCGACGAGCUGCUCGUUGCGCCCACCGUCGUCGCGAACCAGCUUUACGACCUCGUGGCCGAGGAGCGUGCCCUUGCCGACGCCGUCUUUGUGCUGGGCAGGGCCGUCGAGAGGGGGCGAGUCAGCCCUGGAGUCUUUGCCAAGACGACGAGGAGUCUGGCCAGGGAGUGGUAUCUCAAAAAGGCGCUCGUCAAGAAGAUCGGGCGGGGGAUGGGGUUGAUUCAGCAAUGAACGGCAUACUUGCGUACUCAGAACAUACCAGGGUGUCUGCUGAACAAUUCUUUUAAAAAUGUUAUAUAUCUUGCCUCUUGAAGAAGCGUCAAAUUCAGCAUUCUGUUCCAUGAGAAAUUCAUUUAAUACCAUGAUCGUGAGAUUUGAAUUUCACGAUAACUAAUCAUCUAACAUGUACUCUUCAUGUCUGCUUCCUGCUUCAUCACCAUCUCGUUGAGAAUGUAACGCCCUAACCUUGUACCAGCAAACUCAAGCGAAAGCUACCUCCUAUGCUUAUAUAUCCAAUUACUAGCACUUACAUACACAUCGUUGUCCGGUAUCACUUGUGUAAGCCCAGCUCAGUCGCAUCUAAUACCAUCAUAGUUUCGCCUG